UUCCUUAUUUUUGAAGCUGCUGUGGUAAGGUCUGGACCUAGUUUGCCCCAGAUGGGAGCUUCUGGAUUUAGUUUUGGGGACCGCUUAACGGGGAUAAGGGAUGAAAUCUGAGAUUUGCCCAGAAAAAUGAGUCUGGUUUUACCCAUCUGUUUUGCUUACCUUCAUUUUUUUAGCCCUAAAUUUCCUUCUGGAUCAGCUUAGCAAAAUAUUUCUUGAGGUCCAGUAACUUAUUAUUUCCUGACUGACCGUGCGUGUCCUUCUCUGUGAAUUGAGCCCUUAGUCAGUUUGGGGGGGGGACAUGGGAGAAAAGGCCAGGUGUCUUAGAAAGCCCCAUUCUAGGGCAUUCCUAAACAUGUCUCUUUAUUUUGGAAAAGGCAGUCAUAUGAGGGAGGGGGCAUUUUGUGAAUACUUGGUAUCAUAUGAGAUAAUGGAAUGCAUAUUUUAACAUUUAGAAGUCCAGGUUGCAGCUGAAAUUUCAGGGUUUAUUAAAAGUUUAAUGAGUGUUUCUGGAGAGGAUAAUUAUAUGCUCCAUGAUUCUAUGAAAAAGUAGAUCAAGAAAAGAGUUUUCAGCAAAAUGUAGAACGGAGCAGAAGGAACUUAAUCUAAAGCAAAUAAAUCUACCAAAGCUAUUAACUGGUGGGGGGUUUCCUGAUGUUUGUUAGUUUUUCAAGUCAUUCAUGCCUGAGAUCUGAAUGGGUUUUUUAAAGCUGUUUCGUGUGUGUCCAGAACUCUCUCAGGGGAUAGGCAGUUUGCAAUCCUGUUCUAAGGAGUCGACCCUGCUCCUGUUCUUAGGGGUGAAGCCAUAAACCAGUCUGGUCUGCUGAUGGGAGUUGAGGGCCCCAAACUGGCAAAGGCUGCCGUGAACCCACUAGGCAAUUCUUAGAGGGGCAAGUCAAGUGAGGGUUUGUGUGGGAAAGGCCCUCUGCAUAUGUUUGCUUGCCCCUAGGCAUGACAACUGGUCCUGAAAUCAAGUUUCAGUUGUACAAUUGCUAUUUAACACAUCACCAAUGAGGAAAUGCAUCCCGACAAAGAAGCUGCUUCAGAGCUGGGUAAUGCUGCAGAGAACUGAACUAGAUGGAAAGAGCUGGUCUUUCCCCUGGCAGACAAGUGGUCUCUGGCCAGCAUUGAGUGAGUGUCAAACACUGGCACCCAUUUCAUGGACAUGCUCUUCUGUGUGGAUGCUGGAACCCAUCGUCAGAGGCAGUUUGCUUCUGAAUACACUAGGGCCCCACUCAUACGGCAGGUUACGUUCCAGACCCCCGCCUAAAAGCGAAACCCACCAAAAAGCGGAACUCCUUCAAUAAAAUGGUGCCCGACGCCCGAAAAACACCGUAAAAGUGGAACAAGCACCGUAUGAGUGGGGCCUUACUCUAAUUUUAGCCGCCGCAUUAGCAGAACGCCGAAAAGCGGGCCACCGAACAGCGGGGCCCUUCUGUAUCUGUUGCUGGAAGCUGCAGGAGGGGAGAGUGCUUUUGUGUCUGGGUCCUGCUUGUGGGCUUCCUAGGGACAUCUGGCUUGGCUGGUGCUGUGUGAACAGGAUGCUGGAUUGGGUGGGCCACUGGCCUGAUCUAGCAGGCUCUUAUGGAUAAUAGCUGGUGAUCCCAAGAGGGGCCCGAUUUCCCCAUUCUGCAUGUUGCUUGCAGCCUUUGGUGAAAUGCUUCCAAAGCUCAGGACCAGCUCAAGCACAAGAGAAGCGGUUCCCUUCCUCUCUCACCCCCCCCCCAUGCUGUUACUAAUUUUGCAAAGUUGUGUUCUGGACUCAAAGUCUUGUCUCCAUCCUCCAUCCCAUCCCCAUUUGCAGACCUCUUGGUCACCCAACUGCCUGAGCUGCCCUCUAUGGAGCUCUUCCGCCGAAAGCGCAUCUGCUUAGUCUCUGCACCACCGCUGGUCUCCCCUGUGAAGAGGCACGCCUCCUGCCCUGCUGCCCCAAAGCCUCAAAGGAGCAGAGCCAAGGCUCAGCCGCAAGAGACGGGCUUCCUCCUCACAGAUUUGUUCCAGACCAAGAGACUGCGGGCUGCUCCUUCCAGAGCACCAAAGGCGCUUAGCGGUGGUGGUGGCCCCUGGAGCCAGCCAGAGGGCAGAGUGGGGGAGAAGCGCCCCCUCCUGGGGGAGGACUGCAAAGCAGCGGGAGCGGAUGCCUCCAACCCUGAGGAUGCCAGCCACUCUCCAUCUCUUUCUCUGCCAGCGCCCGAGCUGGCCUCACCUGCUCCAGAGGAGCCCCCAAAGGCGAUGCCCCCCUCGGCAGCAGUCCGGCUGUUGGGUUCAUCACCAUCGGAUGCCCCAAAGCCUGUGACCCAACCACCAUGGCAGGCUCUCCCUGCUGCCAUGCAGGACCUCCCCAAGGCCGGGGCGAUCCCCACCCCGCUGCAGCCAGCGCCCAGAAUGUUCUGGACAAUCUUCGGGAACAGGGCCAAAGAAGCAGCCCAGCGGCAGAAGGAAUCGAAAUACGUCCAAACGCAUGAGUGUGCAAAUAGGUGUGGGAGGGAAGGGUCCUAGCCCUAGACCAGGGGUGAGCAACCUGUAGCCCUUUAUAUGUUGCUUGACUAUUUCCCAUCAUCAUCCCCGACUACCGCCCGCUGGGAGUUGGAGUCCAACAAUAUCUGGAGGGCUUGGUGAAGAGCCCCUCUACCAAGAGUACUGGGUGAAGAGCCACAAGCCCCAGGGCCAGGCCUUCCGGGUGGAUGCCAGCCUCUCCAUUGCUGGCCUGCUCUCUUCCUCCUUGCUGAGUGCUGCCUCACAUGCCUCCCAGCGCGAUUACAGCUUCUCGUUAUGGCAAGAGAUCCCCGAGGUGAAGAGCCGGGGUCUGCUGGAGGGCAUCACCCCACGGCAGCACCACUUGCAGGAGGCCAUGUUUGAGGUGAUCACCUCAGAGGCGUCCUACUUGCGCAGCCUCCUGGUGGCUGUUCUGCACUUCCAGAUUCUCCAGCGCUGCGGGGGGUGCUCACCAUGGCUGAGCUGCACCGCCUCUUCUCCAACCUGCCACAGGUCAAGGAUGCCAGAGAAAGGUUUCUCCUGGAGUUAGAGGAGCAGCUGGACCAAGAUGUCUUCCUGCCUGGGCUGGGCAGUGUUGUCCUGAAGCACUGCCCUGCCUUCCGCCGCAUCUACGUCCCUUAUGUGACCAACCAGAUGUACCAGGAGCAGCUCAUGCAACAGCUGAUGCGGGAGAGCAGCCGCUUCCUCCAGGUUUUGCGCCGGCUGGAGCAGCAGCCCGUCUGCCAAAGGCAGCCCCUCAAGUCCUUCCUGGUGCCGCCCUUCCAGAGGGUCAUCCGGCUCAAGAUUCUGCUGGAGAACAUCCUGAGAUUCGCUCCAGCAGACUCUGAGCUGGCCGUCUCUGUCCGGGCAGCCCACCAGGCUGUUGGGGAGGUCGUCCAUCAGUGUAACGAGAACAUCCGGCUCAUGAAACAGACGGAGGAACUGGUGAUGCUGGAGAAGCUGAUGGACUUUGCCAAAGUCAAGCCCCUCCCGCUAAUCAGUCGGGGCCGCUGGCUGGUUCGGGAAGGAGAGCUGUGCCAGGUGCUGGUCCAGGAAGCCUCCUUGAGCCACCGGCACUGAGUCAGCGUCCAGCCCCUUCACCUCCACCUCUUCAGUGACCUGCUGCUCCUCUCUUGGAGGGCCAAAGACAGGAGUGGCUGUCGCUGCUAGGAGGCAACUGAGUUCAUGAAUCCCCAGGAGUCUGGAUCAUCCGGCGUGCUGGCUUGCAGGUUGCCCAGACAGCCUCUGGUGCCGAGCUUGGAGCUUCCUAACUGUGGGCCUCCAGGCACUUUUAGCAGAGCCUUGGGUCCAUCUUUGGAUGGGGUUGGCCCAGCUCAGAGCAGCCACCCAAUGUCUAGUUGAAGGGUGGCUCUAAGCAGUACCCCCCCCGGCCAGCAAUCUGUGGGGCUCCUUGUCCUGUCCUGUGCUCCAGGAAGUGCUUGUAAAAGAUGCCAACUUCACCUCCAGACUCUCUCUUAGUCUGUUCCCCAGCUAACAGAGUUGUCCCACUCUGCUCAGUCUUGGUGUAUUUGCCUGAAGAGUGGGAGGCAAGCCAGAAGACUCUAGUUCCUUUGUUCCUCAAGAGCAGCCCAAAACGUGAGGUGUUGAGGUGGUCUCACUGCCACCCACGUGGCAUUGGGGAAGAUGGCAGGUCUGGAGCCCAGCACGGGCCUUGCUUGCAAGAAACAACGCAGGGAAUGGCCUCCUGCUUCCUGACAGUCGCACCGUCUGCUGAUCAAGGCAAUAUAGCCAAAAUGAUUCUAUAAAACCAGCAGGACUUAAUAAGGCUGUGGUGGUCUCAGCUGCCUUCCUGCCACCAUCUUUACCUCUUUCCUGGGGCCGGUUCUCUCUCCCCGUGCCCCCAGACAGAGACUGUGGCACCCCCUGAGUGCGAGGUUGAGACCACACGCAUGCUGCUUUUGGAAGAUGCAGGUGCCAGGCACUGCACAGUUUGAAUUACUGGCUUUACCUCCUUAUUUUAUCUUCUCUUUCCCUUCCCGCUGCAAAAGGACCUUGGAAACUAUAGUCCCACGGGAGUCCAGUUUUAAAAAGCAUUCCUCUCAUCCUCUGCCUAGAAGAGAACUGCGGUUCCCAGGAUGCCUUGGUUGUGAGUCACAGCGAUAUGGGUUCGAAAUGUACUUUAAAGGCAUUAUCAAGACAGGCCUUGAGCGGCAAAGAUAAUUUUAAACCUGGGUUGGGGGGUAUUCAUACAUUUCUGGGCCAGGUUCUCUGGCAUCUGUGGUUUCUGCAUUUUGAG